AUGAAUUAUUAAAUUAAGGGGAACUUUAACUAUCAUUUAGAAAUAUAAGCUUCAUAAUUAAAUGAAACAAUUAACAUUACAAUUAAUGCAUUUUCAUCAAAAAUUAACUAAAUACCAUUAGGAUGCAAAUUUUAAUGGUUUAAGAAAUUAGAUAAUGAACGAAUUAAAAUUGAGACAUAGGGCAAUAUUUAUCCAUGUAGCAUAUUCGAUAUUGGUUAUAAGAUUGAGGCAAUUGUACAACCAUUCGAAUCAGGCUAUGAAGGAUAGGCAACAUUAGAAUUUCAAAAAAUUCAAAUUUCCACUUAAUUAGAGAAUAAACUCUCCUAAUUAUAUCACAAUAAUAUGAAGUAACUAUAGAGGAGAUUAUGUUAGAUAAUAGAUUAUUUGUAAUGAUUAGAAUUGGAUAUUUUCUUUAGAAUAUUUAGAAAAUAGUACAACCUAAUAAAAAAUUGAAUAUGCAGAUUAAUAUAUACUUCCAAAUUAGAAUUAACUAUAAGUAUAGUUUAACAAUUAGAUAAUGAAAUUUAAAUGUAAAGAUGAUAAAGGUAAUAUAUAUGUAAAUAUAAAUUAGAUGCAUUUUGUGCGUUUUUUAUUUCAAUGUAAUGUUUGAAAAGAGUACAUUUAAAAUUUAUAGCUUAUAAUAUAGGUAAAUUGAAUUAAAAGUAAGUUAACUUUUAAUAAUUAUUGAAUGCUUAAUUAUUGUAAUUGAUAAAUGAGAAAUCAGUUAUGCCAAUUAAGAAAUUUGAACCAAUUUAAUCUAAUAUUAUGAUGGCAACUAGUUAAGAUUUUAGAUAAAAUAAUUAAAUAUAAAUAAAUCAACUUAAAUAAGAAUUAAUUCAACUUUAAAAUGAGAAACAGAAAUUUCAAUAAUAGAUAGAUAAAUUAAUGAAAGAUAACAAAGAAUUAGGUAUUAUAAUGAUAAUAUAAUAGAAAUGAAUAGUAGAUCUAAUGUUGCAACAAAAGAUUAAUUAGAUAGUAUGGAUAGAUUAAUAUAAUCAUUAAAAAAUGAAGUAUAUACAUUAAAAUAAAGAGAAACUGAUUUGAUGAAUUAAAAUGGUAGAUUAACUAUGGCAUUGAAUGAAAAGAAUGAUAAAUGUGAUAAAUCAUUAUCUUAAUCUUAAUUUUUAGAUGAAUUGAAAUUAAAAUAAUAUUAAGAGAAAUUAUAAGAAUGCAAUAAUGAAAAAUUAAAAUUAUAAGAAGAAUUAAAUAAAUAAUAAAAGUUUGGUUAAUCUUCAAGAACAAUAACUUAAAAUAAUGAUACAGAAAAAGAGAGAUUAUUAUAAGUUAAUUAGAAAUUAAUGUAAGAAAUAGCAACAUCAACAAAUAAGAUUAAAGAAUUAUAAUUAGAAUUAGAAAUGAUGAAAAAUAUGAGUAGAAUUAGUAUGUCUAUGUCUAUGAUGGAAGAUCCUGUUAUGAAAACUAAAAUUGAAUAAUUAGAAUAGGAGAAUUAAUAUUUAUAAAAAAAAGUAUCUAUUUUAGAAGAAGAAUUAUCUAAAAAGAAAUCAACAAAACCAUAGAAAUAAUAAUAAGAUAGAGAUUUGUAAAUAUAAAAGUUAACUGAAGCUAAUAAAAGAUAUUUAGAGGAAAAUUUGAAAUUAUUUGAAGAAAUUAGAUAAUUAAGAGAGAAAUUUGAUUAUUCAUCUAUAUUAUAAGGUACAAUGAAAGAUUCAUAAAUAUAAAAUAAUGUUGUUAAUAAUUAAUUAGAAUAAUAAAUUGAAAGAAUGUAAUAAAUACAUAAUUUAGAAAUUUAAAAGAUGAAAAAAAAAAUAGAAAAAUUAACUAAUGAUUUAUAAGAUUCUAAUUAAAUUAAAAAAUAAUUUGAAUAAUUAAUUAAAUAAAAUAAAAGAUUAGUAGAAGAAAAUACACAUCUUACUGAAUAAAUUAGAAAUCUAGCUGAUAUUAAUUCAUCUAAAUCAUUCACUGAUAAUAUGAUAAAUUCUAAAAUAUUUAAUUGUGAUUAAUAUAAAGAAUUAGAAUAAUAAUGUAUUAUAUUUAAAAAAAAGAAUGAAGAAAUAUAAUCUAAAUUAGAUAUUCAAUUAUAAAAAGAUAUUUAAUAAUUGGAUAAAAUCAAAAUAUUAGAAUAAGAAAUUAUAAAAUAUAAAAAUUAAAUAAGAGAAAUAGAAAAUAAUAAUUAAGAUAAUAAUUAAAUUAAAUUACUUUAAAAUUAAAUUGAUGAUUAUUAAAAAACUAAAGAUAAUUUAAUGAGAGAGAAUAUUUAAUUAAGAGAUGAUUAUUCUACUUUAAUGUAAGAUAAAGAAUAUUUAAAUGGAAAAAUUAAAUAAUUAGAAAAUUCUAUAUUUGAAUUAAAAUAAAAAUAAAUGUAAUUAUAAGAAGAAAAUAGAACACUUAAAUUAUUUCCUUAAAGUGCUGAAAGACAAUUUAGUAUUUAAAUUCAAUAAUUAUAAUAAUAAAAUAAGAAUUUAACUGAAGAAAUAGUAAGAUUAUAAACAUAAUAAAAUGCUUUUAAAGAUUUAAAUUAAAGUAAUUUAUCAAUAAGUGAAAGUGUAUUAGGAUCUAAAGUUUAUGAGGCAAAAGAAUAUAAAUUAUUAGAAAAUUAGAAAGAAAUGUUAUUUAAUGAAAAUUAAAAAUUAAAAUUAGAAAUAAGAUAAGAAUAAUUAAAUUAGGAUAAUUAAAUUAAAUUUUAAGAGUAAAUUAAAUCUCUUUAAAAUGAAAAUGAUUUAUUAAAUUAAUAAUUAAUAUCUAAUAAAGAAUAACAUUCAAGAUAAAUAUUAAUAUUAUAAAAUGAUAUUGAUAAAUUAAAUUAAUAGUUAUAAAAUAUAUCAAUAAAUGAAAAUAGAUAUAAAGUUAUUAUAAAUGAUAAUAAAUUAGAAGAUAAUAAUUAAAAAUACUAAUAAGAUAUUUUAAAAUUAGAAAAUGAAAAUAGAUUAUUAAAUUAAUAGAUUUAAUAAUUAUAAUUAUAGUAUGAUACUGAAAUUAGAAAAUAAUAGAUUAUAUUAUCUGAUCUUCAAUUUGAAAACAAUAAACUUACAAGAGAAAUUUCAUACUCUAAAUAAUAUUCUGAAUCAAUUAUUAUCAAUUAAAAUGAAAAGAAAUAAUAUUAAAGUUAAGAAAGUGAAAUUGCAUAAUUAAAAAAUCAAUUAGCAGAAAAAACUCAUUAGUUAUAGAUCAUUUAAACUAAUAGUCAAAAUAAUAUGAUAGAAUUAUAAUAAGUUAUUAGUAAAUUAGGAUAAGAAAAUAAAAAUAUUAAUGAAGUACACAAUUCAAUCAAAUCUAGGCUUGAAACAUAAAUUAAUAAAUUAAUUGAAUAACUAAAAGAAAAAGAUCUAUAAAUUAACAGAAUAUCAGAAGAAUUAAGAAAGAAGGAUUAAGUUUAUAAAUAAUAAGAGAAUGAUUUAUUUAUGAAAUCUAAUUAAAUUGAACAAUUAAUUUAAUAAAAUAAAGGACUUGCUUUACAAUUAAAUAAUUUGAAUUUUGAAUUAUAAGAGUUAAAAAUGACUAAUCUUUCUCAUUCAUUUUCUAAAUCUCAUAUUGAUGUUAGAGAAAAUGAAAAUCAAGAAUUAUAAAAUGAAAUAUAAUCACUUAGAAUUUAAAUUAAAUCUUUUGAAUAAACAUAAUAUUAAUAAUAAUAAAUUAUAAAAUAAUAAGAAAAUGUUAAAUUAAUGUAAUUAGAAGAUGAAAUAUUACAUUAUUAAAAAGAAAUAUAAUAAAUCAAAGGAAAAUUACAAAUUACAAUGUAGGAUUCUGAAUUUUAUAAACAUGAAUUUAUUUAAAGUUAAUAAUAAGUUGAAAAAAUAAGAAAAGAAUAAACAUAGAAAUAAUAUGAAAAAUUAUCAAUAUUAGAAAAUGAAUUAAUUUAAAUAAAAGAGAUUAAAUAAGAAUUAACAUAAGAAAAUAUAGAAUUAUCUGAUAUAAUAUAAAAGUAAUAAAAAUAAAUGGAAGAUUUGUAAUUAGAUUUAGAUGAAUAAAUUGAAAAUAAUAAAUCAAUUACUAAAUUAAAAAUGUAAUUAUAAUUGGAAUGUGAAAAAUUAUAAAGAGAAAAUUAACAAUUAAAUAAUAAAAUACAAGAAUUAUUAAAUAUAUAAUAGAUAAAUAGAGAUAAAGAAUUUAAUGAAUAAUUAAGAAAAUACUAAUAAAUAGAAUAAGAUAAAAUAAAAUUAAGUAUUUAAUGUGAAUAAUAAUAAAAAGUUAUAGAUAAUUUAAAAAGUAAUUUUGAUAUUUAAUAAAAUAAGAAAGAUGAAUUCGAAAUUAAAUUACAUACUAGUGAAUAAUAUAAAUAAGAAUUACAAAUAUUAUUAAAAGAAAAAGAUUAAUAAAUAAAUUAGCUCUAAGAAUAAAGUUAAUAUCUGAGUAAAGAACUUGAUAAUGAAUAAUAAAAAAAUGUAAGUUAAAAAAAGAAGUUUAAUGAUUUGACUUUAUAAAUAUAAAAUAAAGAUAAUUAAAUAUCAUAAUAGAAUUUAAAAUUCAAAAAUUUAGAUGAUCAAAUUUAAAAAAAAGAACAAUAAAUUAAUAAUUUGAAUAAUUAAAUUAGUUAAUUGAAUUAAUAAAUUAAUAAAUAUUAAAAUGAGAUUAUUCCAGAAUUGAAUUAAAAAUUAAAUCAAGAAUCUUUAGAGAAAAAUCAAUUAAAUUAAUAAAUAGAUUGUUUAUAAGAAUAAUUUGCUUAAAUGGAAUAAUAAAUUUUAAGUAUAAGUAGAGAAAAAUCUCCUGUAAGAUCAAAAAAUAAUUCAUUAUGUAAACCAUUCGAUUAAGGUUUAAAUGAAAAGAUUAUUUAAUAAGAAUAAACAAUAAAUUAAAAAAAUUAAUUAAUAGAGAAAUAGUUAGAAUAAAUAAAAACAUUGACUAAAUAAAAUGAUGGAUUAUUACAACAAAUUAAUAAAUUAUAUGAGGAUUUAAAAGAACAAUAAGAUAAAUCAUUUUCUUUAGAUAGAAGUUCAGAAACAUAUCUCAUUAAUAAAAGUUUCAAUUCAAAAUAUAAUAUAGAUAAUGAAUUAAUUUUAUAACAUCAAUAUUAAUCACAUGAUAUUUAUGAUAGUGAUAAAAAAAGAUAAUCAUAAUAUUAAUAAUUUGAAUAAACUUUUUAAGAAAUAGUUUAAGAAAAUAAAAUAUAAAAAUAAGAAAUAGAUUAAUUAAAAUAAGUAAUUUAAAAAUAGAAAUAAGAAUAUGAAUAAUAAAUAUAAAUGAUUCCUAUUUCUAAUAAUCUUUCUAAUUCUGAAAUUCAUAAUUUAGAUUAAGAUAAUAUAAAAUCAAGAAGUUUACCUUGUUAAAAUUAAUCUAUUAAAAAUGAAUUAUAAUAAUAAAUUAAUAGAUUAGAAGAAGAAUUAAUGAUGAAAUAAGGUUUAGAAUAAUCUAACUAAAGAUUAAAUAAUGAAAUUAGAUUAUAAAUAACAAAAGUUAUAGAUUUAUAAUAAUAAAAUGAAUAAUUAUCAGAAUACAAUAAUUAAUUAAAUUAAAAAAUAUAAGAGAAAGAUGAAAAAAUUAAGAAUUUAUAAUAACUAAUAAUAUAAAAUUCAGAUUCAAAUUAAGUAUAGAAAGAAGAAGAAUUUAUUAAUGUAAAAUAAUAAUUAUAAGAUGACAUUCUUAGACUGAAAAAAUAAAAUUAAUAAUAUGAAUAAUAGUUAUCUGAAUAUUAAAGUAAGAUUGAAACAUUAGAAAAUGAAAUAUUAAGAAAAUCUUAAUAAUUAUCUAUAAAAGAUAGUCAAGUAAAUUAAAAUAAUAGAAAAAAUAAAAAAUUAGAAGAACAAAUAUAAAUAUUAUAAGAUUAAUUAAAAAAUUAAGGUGGUUUGGUUACAUAAAAUAAAGAUGAAUUAAUAUGUUAAUUAUAAAAUGAUUUAGAAUAAAAUAAAAUUUUAAUAAUGGAUUAAUAAAUAUAAAGUAUUUUUAACAAAUAAAUUUAGUUAAAUAAUUAGAAGAAUAAAUUGAUCGAUUAACAAAAAGUAAUUCAGCAUUAAUGGAAGAGAAUUGUAGACUUAAUGAAUAAGUAAAAGACAAUGUAAAUGUAAGUUAUCUCAGUAAUGAUUCACAAAAUCAUUGA